AUGGCUGAUGAAGAGAAAGGAUCAUCUGCUUGGUACAAAGUUCCUACAUGGGAUGGGAAUCCUUCGAUCUUCCGGACCUUUCAAAGGGAGAUGAGUUGGUGGAUGACGUCGAUGGACGCAUCGUCGUGCACCAAAUACAAUGUUGCAGCUCGUUGGACAUUGCGCCAGACAGGCAUCGUUCGAGCUCGAUGUGAAGAGUUCACUCCCGAAGAAUUGGCCGGGAAGACUGAAGUGAGGGGUACAGACCCAUCAUCUGGCGAAGAGGUGGUCCUUGUAGAAGCAGACCCUUGGUUUGGCAUCCGCAAACUUAUGAAGGCUCUUGAAGAGAACAUGGAAAGGACCAUCCUCGAUCGAAAAGAUGAACUUCGACGCCAAUUUUACCAAGACCUCAAACGAAACGCUGGCGAGAGAAUCAGCACCUUUUGCACCCGCUUUCGAACGCUUGUGUCGGAGAUGCGUCGAGAAGGCAUUAUAUUGCCAAGCAAGGAGUUGGGUUGGUUCUUGCGAAAUCGCUUGGGGCUCGAUGCAAUUCGAGUCCAGUUGCUUGAUACAACGUUGAGGGGUCGUGAAUCCUAUGAGGAAGUUGAAGCUGAACCAUUGAGAUUCUUCCGUGAUUUGCAUAGUGAAAAUCCUUUGCAUCGGAAGAGCGUCACUGAUAGAUCACCAUUGCUCAGCCGCUUCCUCAGCCAGUCUCAGUCGGGAGCCUCAUCUUACAGAACCUCACUCCCCUCCAGCGGUGGUUCAUCGUCGUUCGGUACUCGGUCGUACAGGUCGACGUCGGUUGGUGGCAGUUCACAGAAGAGUUUUAGACAAUCUCCCAAGCCUCCACCUCCACGAAGUGCCAUGGUUGCUGAAGGGCUUGCUGACGAAGUCCUUGAAGGCGAAGACGAUGAAGAGGAGUUGAUUCCAGAUCAGCCAGAGGCCAAUGCAAGUGGCCUUGAAGAGGUUUUGACGGCGGAAGCCGAAGUGUUGGCGGCAGAGAUUCAGGCUCUUGAAGAAGAGGGCAUGGAACCUGACGUGCUGGAAGCCCUCGAAUGUGGAAAGCAGAGUUCAAUCAGAGCCACUAUUUCGCCAAUGCGUGAGGCUCGCCACAAGAUUGCCGAAAUCAAGAAGGAUCGAGGAUAUGGAAAGCCUAUGAGCCAACCUGCAAAACCUCGAUUCACACGCAAUCAACCCAAGAAUAGCAAUCCCAAGCCUCAGAAGCAAGUGCGUGUGGUUGAAGCUUUGACUACAGAGCUUUCCGCUGACCCCACUGCACCUGCGGAUGAAGCUCAUGAAGUGUUGACAUUGUCUCGUGUGAGUCGUCCAUCCACGUUGUCGGAAGCCUUGCGCCAAUCGAACGAAGUCCAUGUGAGCCAAUUGGCCUCCCUAUCCAUGGACAAACGACUGAUGGAUUUGGUCCUCAUUUGGGUAUCCAUCAUUCCAGUUGAGAGUUUGGGUUUGGGACUACUUCUGGGACGGGAUUGGUUGGAUGGAGUUGGUUGCGUGUUGAGCUUUUCCAAGAAGAUCAUGAGGGCUGAUGGCAGGACAUUUUGCAUUGCGAUUGAUCCCUUCGGAGAUGGGGUUGUUGCAUUGCAGAUUGCGCAUCACGAGUGGUUGCAAAGAAAGCUUUUGGCAGUUCAGUUUGUUGGAAACCCUCACCACGAUCCCAAGAGCCAUGAGCAUCUUUUGUCAGAGCAUUCUGUUUGUGCAGCAAAGCUUGUAGGCAUGUCGGUUGAAGCAGGUAGCAAUUCGUUGGAUUUGGCUCGAAGAAUGGCUAGUUUGAACGCCUCACCAAAUUCGACAACAUCCUCUUCAAGCACACCCGAUCGAGACCUCACUCUCGGGAUUGCUCAUGGACGACGUGAUCGACCUCGAAAAUCAACCGGUGGGAAAGUGGCGCAGCAGCCUGAUGCAGUGGCAAUUGCAGGCACAAAACAUGGUGGCCAAUGGAGCGUUGCCCAAGGCUCAUUUCCAAAGAGCCCAGACUCUCCAAAGCUUCACGGCCGCAAAUUUGAAGGAGUGCAUGUGGCUUCGAGACCGCCUCGGUUGGCAGGCCUCGUUUGUGGAAGAUUCCAUGCUUCAAGGGAUGCUGGCAGUUCGCAGUUCAAAAGGAAUCGCCAGCAAGAUUCGCCAGCUGCAGCAGACAAGGCCAAGAAGGAAGGCAAGCAAGCCGAUGCAGUGGAGUACAACGAGAAGACAACAGUCGAGCAGCUCAAGGCGACCAUUCGACCGGUCGUCAAGUUGAUUGCAAGCAAGGAUCCACCCUCGGCCAAAAGCAGUUCAGCAAGUUCACACCAGGAGCCUCCAAAGGGUUUGACAACAGCCUCAACUCGUGCUCCGGAGACCCUAGCGUUGGCCGCUCCUUCCACGCCAGGCAAGACUGCAGCCUCAAGUCCAAUGCCAGGAGUGAAGUUGCAAGACAUCCACGACCUCCUGGCGCAGCAGGAUCAGAAGUUUCAGAGCCUUGAGAAACAGUUCCACCUCGACCAUGCCAAGUGUCGUGAAGUGUUGGCUGUUGAUGGGGCGGAGGAGGAAAAGCCUGAGGAGGAAGGAGGUGCAACCAUGGAUCCGUACGACACAGAGUCAGAGAUCUCUUCAGUUGAUGAGGAUGGUGCACCCGAAGCCAGAGUUUCCUCAGCAGUUCGGCAAGCUGUCAAACGCUUGCAUGAGAACACAGGUCACCGUUCAAACCGUCGCUUGGCAAGGGCUUUGGUUUUGUCUGGUGCCCCCAAAGAAGUGAUCUUGGCGGCCAAAACGUUGAAAUGCAGCUUCUGUGAUGAGAAAAGGCGACCCAAAAGCCAUAGGCCGACGUCGUUGCCUACGCCCAAAGAUGUUUCGGAUCAGGUGCACAUAAACAUCUUUGAGUGUUCAGAUAUCACAGAGCAGCGUUUUUACAUUGUGCAUUGCAUUGACUGGACCAGCAGGUUCCAGAUGGCAGAAGCUUUGGAAUACAAAGACUCCGACAGCAUUGUUCAUUGGUUCCAAGAACGUUGGAUGAGCGUGUUUGGACCUCCAAGGGUCAUUGUGGCCGACCAAGGCGCCUUGGUGCAAUGGUGUAUGCGAGAGAGGUCUGGCACGAUGCAAUACAGGAUUGCAUUGAAGCGGCAUUGCAUGAUGUCAAACGACAGAGCUCCGAAGAUGUUGGCCCAAACCUUCCACCACCUCCGACGCCUUCAAUGGCAGUUGAUCCAAGUCCCUUACCGACAGUAUGCCAAAGACACUGCAAAUCAGUCCGUUCCAGAUGUUGAGCAAGCGCCAAAGCAAUAUGAGAUUUUUGAAAAUAUCCUCAAGAAUGCCACCAUGCAUCCCUUGAGAGCGAUACAACUGCAAGUGGAGAAAGAUAAGAAAGCAGAUGGCAACCUUGCAGUUCAAGACCAUGGCAGCUGGUCAGGCAAGUGGCCUUUGCCCACCCGCACAUCGUGGGAGGCACAUGAGAUCAGUUGCACCCUUUGGCCUUGUGGAGAACACGAAGUCAAUGCAGCCAAGACAACUCGUCGUGAAGUGAAAUGGAAGGACAUCCCCAUGCAUGAGCGAGCUAAAUACCGGAAAGCAGCUGAAACCGGUUGGAAAGUUCAGGUGGACAAUGGUGCUUUUGAGAUUCUUUCAGAUGAGGAGUCCGAGCGCAUCAAGGCAAAGCUGCGAGCAUCCGGUCAGUUGCACAAGAUCCUCACACCUCGGUACAUCUAUACCGACAAGCACGAUGGUCUCAGGUCAGACAGCAACCCGUUGCCCUUGUUGGCCAAUGCACGUGUGGUCAUUCCAGGGUAUAAAGAUGAAACAACAUACUGUGUCCGCAAAGAUGCACCCACAAGUUCUCGCAAUUCGCAACACAUGUUGUUCAUUGUUGCAGCAGCUCGCAAGUGGUGUUUGUGGUCAGCUGAUGUGAAGUCCGCCUUUUUGAAAGGCGAACAUUUCCAAGAAGGUGAGCGUGAGCUGUACAUUUGCAACAUUCGUUGCACCUCUGUUGACGAGCCGAUGCUUCCUUUCAGUGCUGGCGGCUUAGCCCGUGUGCGAAAAGGAGUUUUUGGAUUAGCAGACAGCAUUGUGGUCAGCCACGUCGACGACCUUUUGAUGGGAGGCACAGACCUAGCUGGCAAGUCCCUCAGAGCCCUAGGUGAUGAGCUUGGGUUCGGAUCGCUGGAGACAGGUUGUUUUACGUAUUGCGGCAAACAAAUCAAGCAGAAUGCUGACGUGACCAUUGAGGUCAAUAUGCAGGCCUUCCAUGAGAACGUUCAGCCCAUUGCUGUCCCUGUUCACCGCAAGAAGCAAUUUGAAGCAGCACUCACACCUGCCGAGCAUCGCCAGUUGAGAGCCAUACUGGGAAGCUUACAAUGGUUGGUGACUCAAGUGAGGUGGGACAUGGGAUUCCACCUUAGUGUGUUGCAAGGCGAACCUCCAGUUGUCAAGACAUUGCUCAAAGCGAAUGCCCUGGCCCGUUUGAUGAAACAGGAUGCUGGAUUCAAGCUUCGCUUUGGUCAGAUGGACCUACAAGGUGCUGGCAUUUUGGUGGUGACAGAUGCUUCAUUAGGCAAUGUCACGAGAGCCAGUGGAGCAGAUGGUCCAUUGUACACCAAGGUGUUCAAUCAGGCCGCUUACCUUGUGUUGGUUGCAGAACGCAACCUCAUGAGUGGCAAGCAAGGACGAUUCGGAGUGUUGGAUGCCCGCAGUCACAGACUCACAAGGGUGUGCCGCUCGACAUACGGCGCCGAAUUGUUGGGAUUAAAGGAAUCUCUGGACAUUGGGUUCUUCUCCCGAGGAUUGCUUGCUGAGGUUCAAGGCUUUAGUGUCUUGAAGGGGGACGAGCAGUACAACAGCUUCAUUCCUUUGGGGCUGGUCACAGAUGCAAAAGAUGUAUACGACAAGAACACAUCAGAUAUGCCAACCUACGGAAGCCAGAAAUCAUUGGCUUUUACAGUGGCUUGGAUGCGUGAAGUCCUUCGCAAAGACAAGACGCAGAUCCACUGGACUUUGACCGAAAAUAUGCUGAUAGAUUGCGGUACAAAAGAGAUGAAGUCAAAUCAUCUCAAAGCAGUGCUGCACCAAGGCACAUGGAGCAUUACAUACAACCCUCGGUUUGUCAAGCAAACCACAAAGCCUUUGAAGGCUGCUGCUCCAAAGGGACUUUCUCUCCCCGGUCGACUCCUGAGCGCUGAUGACCCCAUGUUGAGCCAUUUGAUGCGGCUCGCUGAGAGACCCGGCUGGCACUUUCAAGACCCACACGGAAUCCACGUGUGUAGGAACGCAAGAUCCUUUCGCGGUCCGGCUCCGAGAUUCAAUGCUGAAUCAUUUCCCCUCCGAACGACAUAUGCUCGAUUCGACACCGACCACCAAGCUGAGUGGAGAAUCUUGGAGAAGGAUGUGAGAGGUGGCAAGUUGGACAUGAUCGGCGAGACCGCCGAUGUCCUGGUGACGCUUUUCGGGCCAGAUCCAAACCCCAAAAUCAACAAAGAAAUGGAUCAACUGAAGAAGAUUGCUUGA